GUCAAAAUGUGUCAGAAAUGACCGCGACGUGCUUGUGAUUCAACAAGAUAUCACACUACUCGGUUAAACAUCCGUUAAGAGACGAUCCACGCCGGCUGGCCGCUGCGCCCUCGUAACGUCUUAGACAGUAAUAUACACACACAGGCGUCUGUUCAGCGUUGUUUUCGCAUAGCAGUGAAGCAGGGGGAGUUACAACCGUCUACACAAUCCUAAUACAACACAACGGCGGUAUUGCGAAGUCUCAAAGAAGAAUCUUAUAAUUGAUUUAAAAAGUGUGGUAUAUUAGUGGGUUCAAUAAUAACGAGUCUAUCCGUGAAACGAUACAAGGCUUAUACAAAUGAUGGCUGGCAUCACGGCGAGUUUUGGAUUUCCGUACGCAUCGCAGGUAUUUAAAUCUCAGUAUACUUUAUUUUUAUACUUCAAAUUUCAAGCAGAUAUGCUAUGUGUUGGUCCAGUGUGCGCGAAUGCGCGCAAUUCUGGGUGAAUUGAAGCUAUAUAAUAGGUGUCAAAAUUACCCUUAUAUUAUAACACACGCAGCGGUGAAUUUUAGACAUAGGAAAAAUUGACUGUUCAGACGGCACUUCCUUUAGCUGAAUGUCUAUAGGAUAUCCCCACUCUGUAAAUAUAGGUAUAUAAAAGAUGCCAUUUUAACAAGGAAGAGAUGGCUUAAGAUCGCACCAAUACUUUAAUAGAAUAAAAGUAACUUUGCAAAAUCACAAACCUUAAUAAAUUUGAGCGCAUUAUAUUUUGUAAAUCAAGCGUUAUUAAUUACACUUCAAAACUAUUCUUAUGCGCUAAAAUUUUGAUAGACUUAAAAUGUGAUCAUUGAGUAAAAUAUAGACUCAAAUCCAUGAUACGGGAAUCAGAUCGACACUGUUGACAAUACGGUGUUAGAUUUUUCUACGAAACAAUUAUUUGCCACCAAUGCGUCUUUUCGCAUACCAAAUGGCACUAAUCGGUAGCCUUUGAUUAUUUUCAACAGUUUCUUAUGCCUGGCCACCAUAAUUGCUGCGAGAGUGCAACGGGGCCGCUAACUCCUCAUUCACCUCACGCUCCGCGAGUUUGUUCGUGUCAAUUGGAACAGGUUUUACAAGCUCAACAGAAGAUGAACACUGUGCCACUGGGCCUGUUGCCUCGUGCUACACCAAGCUUUCCGGCAGAGCCAAAUCUUAUAUUUGGACCACGAGAUUCGAGUGCUGUCGCGUUCUCGCCCUUGGUAAGUGACCGAUGAAGCUGAGAACUAUAUUAGAAUUUGAUUUGCAGUGACAAAUGAUAUUGCUUGCUGCUAUAAAAUUUCUAUUCUUUCCAAAAAUUAGCUUGUCUAUAGCACACUGCGACAAUUUUACCAUAUAGAGUAUUUAAAGUAGCUAAUGCAUAUACUAUAUUUCGUAAUAUUGUUUCCAACUCCAAGCCGAAUUCCGAUCCUUAGUGAAAAAGGACGUGAAACUGUGUGCAUACAUGCAACUAUUCUAUCAUAUGAUAUCGGAUAAUAUACUGUAUCACUGGGAUUUAUUAAGGGCCGUUUACAAUUGCAAUUUUAGGUGCGAGUUUCUUCUAAAGGAUUGGAAUGAGUGGAUGAGACACGAAUGUUCAGAUGGGGGUACAUAUACUCAGAAUUUUCAUGACACGUCUAUACUCAUUCACAUCUGAUCUGUCAGAGAAAAUCACAUCAGAAAUCACAAGCAAAAUUUGCAAGUGUAAACAGGCCUUGUAACAGAAUAUACACUGUUAUGUGUCUAAAUACAAAAUGCAACUAUUGCUUCGAGUCAAAUUCGAUACCCUUGGCUUGGCGAAAAAUACUCUUAAAAAUUUACCAUGAAAUAUAACUAUUUAUAACAGAAUAUAUAUGAUUGGAUACAAAGCAAACAUUCAUAAAUCGUAUUCCGUAAAUGCAAUAAUAUUGCUUGGAGUCAAAUUUUUAUUCUGGUUGAAAAGUCCCCUGACUGUAUCAAUUUUAUUAAACAGUCGAUCGUAUGUCACAAAUUUAGUAUUCUUAGCCGUUUAUAAAAGAAUAUAAAUGAGUACAUAUUUAAAUAGGCAUCAACUAAAUUUUGAAACGUUCGAGCCAAAUUUCUAUUUUUUCAGUCUCAUUGUAUACGGAAGCCAGUACGAUAUUUCUGCCAACUACUACACGACAAUUCGUGUAUGUCGAUAUCGCCGCACGGCACACAUGCAUGAAAUGUAUGUUAGCUAUUCAUAUUAGAAUGGAGCGCAAAAUAAAGCUAGUAAAUUACUGUGAAUCUUAAGUUAAAUUCAGUAAGCCCUAAACUCUACAAUAUUGGUUCGACGCAGAUUUUUAUCUUUCCUUGGUAAAAAAUAUUUUGUCUACAAGCCGCACAAAUUUAAUGAAAAAAAUUUUUGUAUACUAUAGUCUAUAGACGAAUCGUUGUUCAUGUGAGUUGUAAAAUCGAUAAUAUCUUUGUAUACGAAUUUAAUUCUGAAAUACAAGUUCUAAACUAUAUACGAGUACAUUCAUCAGCAAAACGUCUAUCUUCUGUAAACUGAAAUUAAGAACGUUAUAUAAUAUGUUAAAGUAUCAAUUAUACAACUUCGAAUUGAAUAAAGACAUUAAUAUCUAUUUUACAAUCUUGAGCCAAAAAUUAUGAUGUCUGUACAAAAUGCCACCCGUUUUACAACAAAACGCCUUUGUAUAUCAAUGAAAGCCAAAAGACUGGAGCUUUUGUACACACUGAAUUAAAAACAUGCAAGUUAGAUAAGCAUCUUGGCACGGUGCUUUGACUUUUGUCAAAUUUCUACCAUAUAUUUAUAUAUAUUAUACAGCUGUUCAACUAUGCAGGUUUGGACUAAAUAACAAUUCAUAAACAUUUUUGCCUCGAGCCAAAUUUCCAGACAUUCUUUCUUAAAGUUAUCAUGUCUACAUGUAAUAUAGUUUAAACAUCAUAAUUUACAACAGAACAGACUUCAGUAAUAUAUUAGAUAAUUAGAGAUAAAAGGUCUAUGACAUAAUUGUGACAAACGUGAUGAACUUUAAACUUCGCUAGUCAAAAAGAACUUUAAAAAAAGAUAUAGUCCACCAAGUUGAAAGGCUUUUGGAAAUAAAACCUCGAUUAGAGCAGCUAACUUUACUGUGUAUAUGUAUUGUACAAAAAUUCCGUCAUAUUCGAGUUGAACAUUACAGCAUGAAUUUGUGUUAAUUUGAGUUAAAAAAAAAGCGACGAGUCUUGACUCUUGCACUGAUUCUCAAAGUCUGUAUUACAUACAUGUUGCAGUAAAUGUAUGUUUGUGUAAAGUGCAAUGUCCAACAGAAUACCUUCACUAGACAAAGAUGUAAUUUUAUAGCCUACACUUGUAGUUGCACUCCUGUCGAAAAUGCGAUGCACAUUUGUCAACUGAUCAGCACGAACUCAGUAGAGAUGGUUGCAAGUAUACCAGCAAAUUUUAAUUUACCAAGGACAAUUGGGCAAGGUGACGGUGUAAACCUCAUUCAAACGAACAAUUUUAAGUCAAAUUGACAAAUAGCAUUUGCUUUGCGUCGAACUAAACGUACUGUAUGGUGACGCAAUUUAUUAUAAAGUAAGCCUUUUACUCAUCUAUUUCUCUGACACACUGCAGAAGAUUCAGAAGAACACUUGGAUACAGCCCAAACGCGCGAGAAGUUAUCCGGCCUUGACAUGUUUUUCUAAUCAAGGGUGGGUUGACUACAAAAUUUUUGUAGUUCGCUAUAACUACAGCUACUUCAAAAAUAUGUAGUCAGCUACAACUAUUGCUACUUUUGAACAAAGGAAGUUCGCUACUGACUACAGCUACUGCUUAAAAAAUGUAGCGAACUAUUUCGCUAUUUCGCUACACUAUAUUUUUUUAGUUUUACUAUAUUUGGAGCAUCUACUAACUCAGGCUGUAAUGUAAUCUAUAACAAAUCGACUUGCGAGUAGCAACAGCCAACAGUAAACACAAAGCAACAUUUUUGUAAGCACUACAGUGUUCAGGAGUGCAACUUGACUAUUGAGUACUGAUUUUAAGCAAACUGUGUUUCAAUAUCAUGGCUCUCUUCUAUCAGGUUGCUAACAAUUUUGAAAAUUGUAGUUCGCUACAGUAGCGAACUACAACUACUUCGCUACUACCCACCCUUGUUUUUCUUUCACAAUUUGUCUUUGCAGUUAGAUCUGUUUUGAGAAGAAGAAUUUGUCCUUGUUUGAAGAAAAUGUUUUUUGUGUAUGGCUGUCAAUAAAAACUUGAAAGUUGUACAUGUACAAUCAAACGAACUCAUGUCAAACGAAGUUGACAUAUGCAUGGGCAUGCAAAAUUGGUCACAGCCGUUAAUUUCAGAUUCUAUAUGUGUCGUGCACAAAUAUCUAAAUGUCAUUGUUUUUAAUAGUUAUAUGUGGUCACUUCUGUGCCCCUGACUAUGUGAAUUGCUCGUCCAAAACUGCUCAACAGUACAUUAUCAUGUGUACGAACUGCCCAUGCAGUAUAGCAAAAGUGAAUCACACCGAGUCACAAAGUCAGCGAAGUUGCACUAAAUAUGUACAGCCUCAAGCGCCGUAGCAAGUUGCACCUGUACAUGGACUGCAGACUCAUGAUCCACAUGCAUGCAUACAAUCAGAAGUUCACAUAAACCCCAAACGGAUCUUAAUUUCAACAGUCAAGUUCAUGUGAAGAUCGACGUCUACAUACGUUAAUUUCGACUGUUUUAAUUAUGACCGAUCCAACGAUAAAGUUCAUCAUGUACACUUGUCGGAAAUUUCGACUUUGGACCGAGUUGGAUUCACAUGCAUGAACCAAACGAUUUGCAUGCAUAUACCCUUGCAUUCCUCAUCAUAAAUACAGUUUUUCGUAAAUUAUUAGAAUGGCUAGAGAGAGCUCAACUAUAGUGCUCGAUACCAUAUAUAAUGCUAGAUUUCGCUUAACUCAACUCUCAAGAAUGCAGCGAAAAACUCGAGUCAGUUACCUAAUCUUUUAAAACUUUUAGUCUAUAUUAGGUCGACGUUACUCGAAGCAUUCCAAAGCACGAAAGAAAUCUCUGUUACGACUAUAUCAGUGUUAUGGGUGUUUGGCUCAGCUAUAAUAUAUAAUUUUGACUUAAAUUAAAAAAUAUAUCUCUUACGGAAAAUUCACAAAUAAUUUCACAAACGAAAUUGGAGUUUCACAUGUGAAAAUGUUUAUUUCCUAGCUACGUGAAAUUUAGAAUUUUCACAUAUGAAAUUUGAAGUUCACAUAUUUUUUAAUAUGUGAAAUUAAAGGAUCAUAAUCAUUUGAAGAUUCACUGCUUUCACUUGUGAAAUUAUUUCAUAUUUGAUAUGUGGAAUUGAAACACUGUAGUCUUUACAUGUGAGAAGCAGAAGGCAUUUUCACAUGUGAGAUUAUAUGUGAAAUUCAACGUAAUAUCUUAUAAGCUUUACUAAAACUAUUUGGAUUCUAUUUUGGCUUAUCUAUAUUACGUAAUUCAUCGUAAGACGUAAAGCGUGUUUUUCAAGGCAAGAGAUUUAUUUACUGACUUUGUUAUAAAUUUAUGCCUGACCUCAUAGUAUAAGCACUCUUUGAAAUUGAAUGUCUACUUAGUAUACUAUUUACAAUUCUAUUAAGACGCUAUAUAGACAGUUUAAACUGUACAGAAUUCGUCAUUAUAAUCAUGUUUUUCUACUGUCUUUUCUCAAGGGCAAAGCAAUAUAUUUAUAGUCGAGGGGGUAUAGUUUCGUCAAGUACCCUACGAAAAGGAGCUCUUCUGAUUAAGACAGUCCACAAGAGGUCUACUGUAACCCCUAGCUUUGAAGUGUCUCCAUGCAAAGACCUUUCUAGAAGCGAUUACCAUAUGUGAUUAUGUUGUUUUGUUUGACACAGCUGAGACAUAAUGUCAAAGAUAUGAAUACAGGAGGUCUGAACUCAGCAUGGUUUGUAAACCCCGCAAGAUACGCUGAUCAUCAAAAUGGCUUCGAACGUGGUUACCUCGCUUGUCAUGCGUAUGGUGAUAGGUAAGUUUGACACUGGGAACUAUUCUUGGCCUGAGCCAAGCCAAGCCAAGGUAGCUGUGGUACCCAAUACACUGUUUACAUUGCCACAAGGCCUGGCUCAGGCCACUGAGCUCUAUAGGCCAACGAUCGCACUGGGCCCUGAAUUUCUGCAGGCCAGGCCAGGCGAGGUCAAAGUUUGUUUAUACUACCAAGUUGUAGGCUAAAGAGUAAAGGCUGUAAAGCAAAGCUCAUACAGGUCAAGUCUCGCAUGGCUUUAAAAAUUCUAUUGUACAAGAAGGUGAUGCUAUUGAAAUGUUAUACAAAUUAACUACUCAAACAUUUCCCAAGAUGGUUUCACAACAUCGGUUCCAGGACUUUUCGCGCGGUUUUGUAAGUACAUUUUCCCAAUGGGCAAUGCUCGGAAAAGCCGUUAAAGUAUUUAAAAAAACCUGCAUUGUUGGAAGUAUAAACACUGAAAAAACAUUAACCAUUAAUAAUUACGAAUAUAAAAUAUUUGGUAAUCUCCAUUGCAUUUUAUAUGACGUUGCUCUAAAACUCUAGAUCAAAUAACAAAAGAAAUAGCUGUGGCUUUUAUCAUUAUUAUUCGUUGACAAAAAUGCAGAAUUUGGUAUACUGGCAAUUUAAAAAAAAACUUUUAGGCAGCUGUGCUAAUAUUCUACAGAAAACCUUUUACAAAUUAAAACUACAGCCAAAACAAAGUGAGUUGUAAAUACGAUCUUUACGUCAAGAAAGAUACAUCGAUAAUAGAAAAAAGUUGUUGUUUAUCUUGCUUUGGCUUUCUUUAAUAUGUCAGCUUCAUGAUAAGACAAAACAUAUUAUCUAAAAAGCAGAACCGCUUCAAAACACAAUUAAAACUUAAAAUGUUCCAAUUAAAUUAUAAAUUGCUGUUUUCAAUGAUACUAUCGUAUAUAUACUUAAAUUAAGUAAAGUUGUUUUCAUUUGUCGUUUUUUAUUACAUUUACUUCUCUCUGAUGUAAAACGUUGAGCUUAUAUCAGACUAAAUCUAAGACAAUGAACUUUAAUUUGGCAAAGUUAAAAAAGCCUGGACGAGCUACAGUAUAUAAUGGCGUAUAAAGCCAAGACAUUUAAGAAAUAAUCUAAUAAAUUGGCGGUCUUUUAAAUGUUUUAAUAAACUAAAUUAAGCCUAAUAAAGAUCUAAACAACGUAACUAUAUACCAUAGGUCUAAAAUAUGGUAACGAAGGGGUGGACCAUUAGAAAUCCUGCAUGGGGGGGGGGGGGAUGAGAUAUUUUCCUUGCAAGAAUUUUUCUAUGUUCGGAGCUUUGUCAAACUUUUUUUAACGGUGUAGAAGCUGUGCACGAUUUAUUUUCCUCUCUAGGACUGUAUAUUACUUCACGUGAUUACUUGUAGUUGCAAGUAUAAAUACUUGCAGUUGCAUGAUUUUUCAGUAUUCAAAUUUCAAUCUUUGCGCGCACUGAAGAUUUUUUGAAAAGUCUUAAUUGCUAUACAGACAACAGUGCAGUAUAUAAUAUUUAUAUAAACUGGUUGUCACAGAAUUUAUAGCCAUUAUUUUAAACAAGAAAAUAAUGUUGACAAACCUAUAAAAAAAUUGGCAACAACUGUAUGCAGACCUAUCAAGCCUAUCAAAUGUAUGGAUGAUUAUAUAGAACCCUCGUUGCUGCACGUCACUGAUAAUAACAGUAUAAGACGGUAAAAGCGAACCCCGUUGUGAAUAAAUCAUGCCAACUCUUAUGCCUCGCCAAAUCUUGAUUGUGUCCGGAUGUAAAAAACAUAAAAUGAGACUGUUCGUCGUCUCCUUUUUAAAGACCCUUAGAGCUGUGCCAGUCUGUGCUUGAAUUUUGGCGGAGACGCAAAAAUGUUGUUAGUCUAAGAGUAAGAUUGCCGCAGUUUAAUUAUGUUCAACUUAUCGAAUAUUUUAAUAAGCGUGUGACGGAAAAUAAAAAAUAGAGUCAGACAGAGAGCUUUGUUAUCGUGAAGAGGAAAUAUAUUGCCAAAUGUGAAAUGGAAUUUCAUGAUUACGUUUAAUAUGAGAAGUGCGGCCUAGUCAACUGAAUUGUCGUAUUUGUUUCAUGCGUUGUUCUUAAUUACCUUAAACAAUGAUAAACUGAAUAUGGCUAGAAAUACUUUGUAGCGAUUGUAAUGCUUUCGGUUUUUAGGCCUGGUUAACCAUAGGCAUAGUACAUAAUAAGUUAGAUAUUACCGUAUGAAAGAUUUGUGAUUCAAAAAUGCAUGCAUAUAUAGACGAAAGUAAAAGUGUCUGCAUAUACGACAUGCAUACUAUAUGAAGUAUAAUAUAGUCCAAACAUAUAAUCCUCUCUUGACAAAUAUAUGAUCAAUUCAGAACUCAAAAAUCUGUAAAAGCCCGUUUACACUUUCGUUUGCGAUUUCUACUGCGAUUUUCUUCUUCUGACAAGCUUCUGAUGCAUGUAAAUGAGUUUUGAAUGCAGGUCUGAGAUUGAGUCUGAGUAUAUUAACGGCCCUACUCCAAGUUUGUUUCUAAAUCAAUCUUGAAGAAAAAAGUUUUGACGAAAUGUCAUUCUGAGGUCGGCGAAAUAACUUCUUCCUAUGUAUAUAUAUAUAUACCCCCACCUAGCUCAUCCACUCGUUCACAUCUAUUAGAAAUACAUUGCAUCUGAAUCGCAGCAAAAGUUGCAAAAACUGCACGGAGUGUAGCAAGGAAAUACGUAAGUCAUUCUAUAAUACAUAAAUUAAAAAGGCCUUUGGGCUUUGUCUAGAAGGGUCGUACUAUAUAAUAAUUAUACAGCUAAUUCAAAGGUUGUCCUUUGCAACCCUUAAACUUUAAACCUCAAACAAAGCUUAAUGGGACCACAAGUUUCACUAAGCUUAGUAGUUGAAUAUUUCAGCUAUUUGUGAACGAAUUGUUCUCGUAACGAGAUAUUUACCAUGUCUCUAGGAAGUGGGCCCCAUAUAUGAUUUCUAAACUGAUUAAAUGAUGCUCCCAUUAUGCUUUGCACGCUUAGAGUUGAAGGUUUACAGUUUAAAUUAAGGUUUGCAAAAGAUAUACAUUCCAUAGCUUAUCUUAAAAAAAAUAUAGCAAGUCAUAUACAUGUAUGUCUUAUGAAAUCAUAUCAUACUGAACAGCCAUUCAUACAGAUUGAAAUAAAAUAUUAAACCAGUUUGAACAAUGUUCAUGUAACCUGCGAUCAGGCCCUCAUGAGAAACUCCAUGCGGACUAAAACGCCUGCGUGUCGAAGUAUAGAUGUGUGCACCCAUUAAUCAAGAUAUAUCAUUUACAAUCCAAAUCAAUUCCGAUCUAAUCUCCAAAAUCAGAACUUGUGUAAAUGUUUUCGUUUUGUUGUUAUUUCCUAGUCAGAACAAACAUUUUUCCAGUGUUGUGUGAAAUAUGUUAAUCAGUUCUGGACAUAUACUAAAAAUAGCGCAACAGUGCGCUUUUAAAACGCGCAAAGCUGCAUGCCUGCACACGAGGGAAAAUUUCACCAUUGACGUACUAUCACCCAGAUAUUGACAAACGUUUUAAGUGUGCGAUACUUGUAUUCUUGAAACUACUUGAGUGUUGAUUGGCAUUUCAUGUGAUCCAGACAGAUGUUAUGUUUACAAUGUGAUGCUGUUAUCAUCACGACCUAGUCCUUACAUUAUUAAAUUGCGAUUGCAUAGCAGCAAUGUUUUUUCAAUUCAUGAACAAGCCUUUCCUAGUUGACAGGUUUUGUGUUAUUUUGUUCGUCUGAAAGGUUGUACUUUAGUGGAUAUGCAAAACACGACCAGUUGCCCCGAGUCAAAAUAAAGCUAUGACAUAAAGUCGUUUCCUGACACGACAUUGGACACUGCCAGACUUGCCUUAAACAUAUGUCAACAUGAUAAAAUAUUUUGUUAAAAUCAAACUUUGUUUGAACUAUAGGGAGUUGAGAAUGGAUGUCUUUGGAUUUGCAUUAGUAUAUGGAACAUAUAGCUACCCUAAAUUAGUUUAUUACCUUACAUAUUAGAACUAAAAGCUGCUUUACAUUAUAUCAUGCCAAGAUUCUUUCAUACGUGCUUUUUCAAAAAUACAUGCACCCUCGCGUUAUCAUUUCCAUGUACUAGGAAUAGAUUUUGAAAAGUGCAUUUCGCGGCGUCUCAUGCAUAUGUAAUUUUGAUGUGAUGAUAACAACAUAUAUAAUGAACCUUGAUAAUAUCAGACACGCAUUGGCUUGUACUACAUGGCACCAUGACCUAUGUAUAUGUCACUGUCUCAUUGAAUAUGGAAUGUAGAUGCAUGUUGGAACUUGAAUUGAUAUUGUCUUUAAAAAAACGAUUCUAGAAAGGUUGGUAUGUGACCCAUGGCCUUUGAAUCAAAAUUUGCUUUUUAAAAAAAAGUCGAACAGAAAGUAUCUGUUGGCUUGAAUAGUUCAAUAUUUUCAAUACAGACUGCCUCACCCUAUAAAGGAACUUCCUGCACUCUUUUCCUGGAUUGAUCUAGUUUACCACCUUCAUUAAAAUGGCUAGGAAAAAUGCUACAGCAACAAUCUUUCUUGGUUUGCCAAUCUUUGAAAAAAAUGACUGGGCAAGUUGCCCGCCUUCUUGAAAAUUGGCUGGGGAACAACGUUUCUAUAUAAACAACGUUUCCUACAGUUAACCUACCUUCCGGAAACAUGAUUAUAGGAAUGGUUCCUUGGUUUGCCAGCUCCCUUAUGACUAGGAAGCAAUGUUCCCAUAAGAAUCCCCCCCCCUCGCCCAACAUAGCUGGGAGACAAUGUGAAAACCUUAAAUAUUCUACCUUACAGAUUUUCACCAAUCGAUCUCAACUCCGGUGCAAGACGCAAAAAUGCAACACGAGAGACCACAAGCACUUUAAAAGCCUGGCUUUACGAACAUCGUAAGAAUCCGUAUCCGACAAAAGGCGAAAAAAUCAUGUUAGCAAUUUUGACAAAAAUGACAUUGACUCAGGUCUCGACCUGGUUCGCGAACGCCAGGAGGCGAUUAAAGAAAGAAAACAAAAUGACGUGGUCACCUAGGAAUAGAUGUGGAGAACGUAAGGAUAGUGAGGGAUAUAGUGAUGAUGAUGAUGAGGAUGACAUGGAUACGAAGACGGAUGACGUCAUUAAAUCUGAAGAGAAAGACUCCUUCAGAAUGACCACGGUUAUCAAAUCACCCGAAGGUAAAAUAUACAAAAAACUAAGGGAUGUUCCCUACUGGAUUUUAGAGAUGAGCCGAUUAAAACAUCGGCUGAUUAUUGUACGAUAAUCAACAAAAUAGCCGGCCGUAAAAUAUUAACGUUAAAAUAGUCCAAGUUUAAAAUUAUCAUUCUCAAGCUAAAUUUAUCAUCCUGAUCUUUUACAUCCGAAGUUAUUUGGUUUGAUUUAUGAAACGUCUUCCUCUAUAAUUUAACCUUUUAAGAAAAGUAUUUUGGAGUUCUCUUUCUACUUUUUUUCUUAGCGUCUAAAAACUUGAAAGCAAAAUUUAGUGAUUAAUUGCUAUGUACACGACGCAAAUGUUGUCUUUUGUGUUGUGGUAUUUGAAAGCGUCUUUGGUGCAUUGUUACACCAAAGGGAUUAAGACAUGCCAAGUCGUUUUAAUAUGAAUUUAAAAUUGUCGGAGUUAAGCGUAUUAAACUACUUAAUUGUUUGCCUACACUUGUAACAUCCGACACGCGUUAAGAACCUGCAAAUAGUCUGCAAUGCAUAUUAGAAAAGUUAGACAAACAAUCUGGCCGAAAUUGAGCACACGAACAAAGCCCGGGCAUCCAACUGUCUUACAACUUCCCACGCCUCGAAAUAUUCCAAUAUAAAUCGCGCGAUAAGCAGGGAAAAUAUAAACAGGAAUCGGAAUGUAAUUUACUUUGAGGAGAUUAAAGGUGACGCGUUACAAUGUCCGAGGUGAUUUCACAAUAGGAUUAAUUUCGUCGAGUAUUAACGCUGUCUGACCCUAGUGUGAUUUUUAUUUGCUCGCAAAAGAUUAAUGUUAAGCCGAAUUUUUUGAGACAACAUUCUUCGAAAAUAUUUUAAUCCCGCCUUGUGAGUUGUUUUAAGUUCUUAUACAAAAAAAGUUUUGAAAAUAUGACCGAUUUUAUUUUGUUGUCCGGACUUCGUAGGGAUGUAAAAAUUAUGCGGGGAUCUGUUUUAUUACCUUAUAUAUGUAUAUAUGUGUCUGCAUAUCUCUGUCUGCAGUCAGAACGAUAACUUAAAAAAUAUCAAACACAUUAAUACGAAAAUUUGAGGGGCUAAUGGAGAUUGCCCAAGAACAAAUUGAUUAAAUUUUGGUCAAAUUUGGAUGAAAAUCAGAUGAGAAAUUAUCAAUGUUUGUCUUGUUUUGCCAGGCUGAAUAUAUAAUUAGCCUGUUGUAUAAUUCGUACAUGAUACAUAAUUUAAUUCGUCUGGUUUUGAAAUUUUCUUUUGUAAUUUCAGACACACCCAACGUUCACCAUCCCAUCGCUGCACCCACCACGAACCAAAUUUCAAGUACCACAGAGGCGGACAAACGAAAUCGAGACGUGCCGUUCCCAAGUCCUGCCGAGCAGAGAAUAAUAUGGCCUACAGGAAGGUCGCCUGUGGAAACGGAGAACAGCAGAAUACAGCAUACUUCAUCUAUCGAAGAUUCGCCUGUGAAGAGUUUAAGGAAAUGGGUGGACGGUUGUUUUGACAACACAAGAACGAACACAGCGGCAGCACCCGAUACACCACCACAAACACCGCCUUGUGAAACUGAUAGACUUACAGGUAAACCGAACUUUGUGCUUUUUAUCAAACGUGUGAGUACAGUGUAGCAUUAUACAAAAUGCAGAUUUCACGGAGUAUACAGCAAUGGCGGCAAAUAGAUAGUUUACAGAGUGUGAAAAUAAUGUUAACAAACUACGCAAGGGGCUUCAGUGCAUAGAUAUCUUAUAUACACUAGAUAGUGCAUCUAAUUAUUCUGCAAUUCAAAAAUUGAAGCCGUGAUUGCAGACUCAGGAUAUUCCCAUGAAAUGAGAAGACUCGUAUGUUUUCUAUUUCUUACACAGGGAACCUAAACAUUAAGUUAAAUCUAUUCCAAAUACAUUUUCAAACUAUUCAAAUGAUGAAAGUUAUUGUUGUUUUUUAAGCGUUUAUUAGCAAGUGGGAAACUCCAACAUGGCCGCCAUCUAUUCAAAUGGGGGUAACCGCUGGAAUAUUCUUGGCUUCAAUUUUACUAAAAGAGAUGCGCUAUCUAGUUUAUAUAAGAUAUCUAUGCUUCAGUGUAGUAAGAAAGACCCUGGGAACGAGGUUGUGUAGUAAUGUUGGACAAACGAGGUGCUUCAGUGGCGCAAUCGUCAAGGGGCGGCCUUUCACCUCGUUAUGAAAAGAGUCUGGCAACACCAUUGAACUAUAAAUAAACUGGAAGGCUAACUCAGGGGGGGAAAUUGAAGCCAGUGCAUUUUAGUUUUUCUGAGUUAUGAGCAGAAAUACUCAACACUGAACGUUGGGCUAUAUAUCAAAUUGAAGCUCUUGAAAAACGCUAUUUGGUGUAGAAAUUUCAAGACUUUAGCUAAAAGGGAAAUAUUGAAAAACUACAAACAUAAUUACCGAUAAUUUGCCAUUUUGCAGUUGUUUUUGUAUUUUUUAAAUAUUUUUCUUUUCGCUGAAAUCUUGAAAUUUCCACACCGAAUAGCAAUUUUCAAUAGCUUCAUUUUGAUAUAUAGCCGAACGUUUGGGGUCAAGUAUUUCUGCUCAUAACUCAGAAAAACUAUUUUGGCUUCAUCAAAUCAUAGGCCUUCAUCAUAGCAGUUAGCCUUCCAGUUUAUUUAUAGUUCAAUGGGCAACACUCUACCGAAAGUCAUGGGUUUUUUCUCCGGUACUCCGGUUUCCGCCCACAGGCAAUGUCAAUAGGGUGGGUUGGAUUAGACAUGAAUCAUAUAAGGUAUCAGGUUGAGCUACGUCUUUCACAAUUCAGCUUAGCUCUCAGCUGCAUGAUUAGCACCCCCCACUUAUACACUUACAAUAGAAACGCCGGUAACGGAUGUUCCGCCGGCAGUAUAUGGAAGUACUAUUGUGUUCAAAAUGAGCCGGAAGUGAGUAAUAACUCAGGGUUUCUAACGCAUUAUGGUAUAAAUCUUUUGCUUAACCAACCAACCAAUCAAUCACCCACCCGAAAAGCAAAAUUUAAUCAUAAUACAAAAGUAUAUGCAUUAGAAACAGCCAUGCCUGUUGAUUUAAUAAUACUAUUUAUUAUGGAUGCUCCACUUACCGAAGUGUUUUUCAGGCAAUAUAUAUAUUUAUGUAUAUGUUAAACAACAUUAUGCUUAUAUUAAAAUUAUAAAGUAUUUAGGGUAUACUUAAUUGUAGAUGGAAAAAGUUCAGCUCAAUUAGAUAAAAUGUUUUAGUUUGGUUUUUAAGAGUUGAAAAUUAGUAGAUCUGAGUUGUUUAAGAUGAAUAGGUAACGAGUGAGUGAUAUAUAAAUUGUUGUUUUCUCCAAUUUGUAAGAUAGGCGUGGGAGGAGUAGUUGUUAUUCUGGCACGUUUAACACACAAUUUGAAUUUGGUGUUGGCUCUUCAGACUAUAGAGGUAGCGGUACUCUAUGGCUCCAGAACUUCUGCAGCCAUGGAAAUAACAGCAUUGCCGUUGUAGUCGGCUCCAUUGACAUCUUUAAAAUAUGUGUACGAUAUUUCGGAUAAGACAGUUAUCAUAGAAAAACAACGUGCCCACAAUAUCUAAACAAAAUAUUAGACAGUCUGGGACAAUUAUAGAUAGGAAUCACAGGGUGCCCGCCUCAGACUUGGUAUGAAAAUAUCGCUGCAUUCAUUUAAAUUUGACAAGAAAUAAAAUACCACUGUAAUAAAUUGACAAGAAAUAAAUAAUAUCACUGUAACUCACACUUAGUAUGAAAAUAUCGCUGAAUAAAAAUAUACUUGACAAGUAAUACUUUACAACAAGUACCGCAGAGCUUGGAGCGCGGGCGCAGAAGAGGAUGACAUCAUUGGAACUUCAUGUAAAUUCAAAUUUAUUUUUUACAGUGAUAUUUAAUAUUUCUUGUCAAUUUAUUGCAGUGAUAUUUUAUUUCUUGUCAAAUUUAUUAAAUGAAUACAGAGAUAUUUUCAUACCAAGUCUGAGGAGGGAACCUGUGUAGAAAUCUUCAAAUUACUCAAAGAUCUCUUGGUAAAAUAAUAAAGAAAUUUGCGACAACCACGCAGGUGGAAUAUGUCUGCUAUCAAAUCAGCUAAGCAAUUAGAUAUCUCUUCAUUUUAGAACGGCUGGCCCAAUCAAUGGAACAGGAGCUACAGGAAACGCGAAGAAAAUCACGGAGUCCGUCUCCUUGUCCGCCAAGCGAAGAAAAAAUUUAUAUCGACAAAACACCAGACAGGUAAUGAAAAAUGUCGUUUCCAUGGCUUUGUCGGUUUUCACGAGUUGAAAUUACUUAGCAAAUUUGUUCUUGUCAGUAUAAUGAGAAACUUUUUCUUGGUAAGAAUCCUGCGCAAGAACAAAAAUCUUACUAAGAGUUUAUUUUCUUAAAAUAAGCAUUUAAGCUAAGAAUAAUUUGUUAUAAAGUUUGAAAUAAAAUUUAAAAAAACCCCAAGAAAUUUCAUAAAAUCUUAAAUAUUUUUAAAUCACAUGUACCCAUCCCCGAAAUGUUACGGUGCACGUGACAGACUCAUUAGAAGUUUUGCCCCCAGACGUAAAGUUUUUACAUAGAAGUUAAUGUUGUUUUUCUUUUACCAAAAGGUCGCACGAAUCACAAAAUGAUAACACGACAAACAGAGAAAUCGACGCCGCGUUAGCACUAACGACAUUAUUUGGCUCAAGAAGUUAAAACACAUCCACAAAACAUUGAAGAUUAGAAAUAUCGAGGUGGCUGGUCCAUCUUAAUAAUGGUAUAAACCACAGAGAGAUUUCAGAAGACUGGGCUCGAAUUCAAAGAGUAUUUGAACUCCAGAUUGGUUUAACCCCCAAUACUAAAGAUGGAUAAUCCAUCUGAACGAGAUAUUAUGCACAAUUUGUUCCAGUAGAACCAUUCCCAGUAUAAAUACCGCGUCAGUUUUAUCCGACCGCUUCGAUAGCUCGUACCAUAGGCAUUGGGUGGAUAUUCCGUCGAGGUUAAGAUACCCCGCGGUUCCGGUUUACGCCGGGUACGGGUGAUAUACAUGUACCCGCACCCGUAAACUGGGUACGACUUACAGUUGAUUUCACAUAACUUCCGUGAAUGUUGCGAACUUCGUUCCGAACUUCGUUAUGAAGUUCAAAAGUUCAUACUGAAAUUCACAAGCCGGUUUGUAAACAAAGCCUCUGACUGGCUUAUUUUUGUUCAGGGACCAAUCAGAGGCUUUGUUUACAAACCGGCUUGUGAAUUUCAGUAUGAACUUUUGAACUUCACACCGAAGUUCCGAACGAAGUUCGCAACAUUCACGGAAAAGUUAUGUGAAAUCAACUGUAAGAAAUCCAAGAUAUUCCAGGUAAGAAAAAACCCGAUCGGAAAAUAGUAACUUUUGUGGUCGAAGUUCACAAUAGGCAUAGAUUUGGAAAAAACGGACUAGCAUAUGUGCAUUGAUAAACGGAAAACAGCCGUGCCCGUUUGUCCUUUACGUGUGGACCAUGGUUACGAAUUAGAAAUUACGGGUAGACAUGCUGAUAUGAAGAAAAAUUAGUAAACAAAAUGGCGAUACUCGUGGCCGAGUGAACCGGAACCAGGGUUAACUUAAGUAAUCUUAACCUCUCUAUUUAUUGAGCCAAUACGCAAUCUGAUUCACAUAAACAAUGUAUGUGAUGCAACUAUGAUGAGGGGCGGACCAUUGGAAAAGUGAUGGGGGGAAGGGGGAAGAUAAAAAAAAAACAGCGCAGGGGAAACGGAAAGAAAAACAAAUUCGUGCACCAAGAAAGUUUGAAAAAAAAAAAAAUUCAUGCAGAGGCUUUUCAAUAGGGAAAAUUAUAAGUUGAAAUUAAAAAAAUUCGUGCAAGGGAUUAUAUUUAAAAAAAUUAUUGACACAAGCAAAAAUUUAAAAUGUUCGUACAUGUUAAAAAGUCCCCCCCCCCCCAUCACUUUUCUCAUGGUCCGCCACUUAGCAGAAACACAAACUUGUGUAGUAGAUUAGAAUGGCAUCCAAGAUGCUGCAGUACAUCAGUGAAUAUGCAAAGAUAAAGUUUUAAACUUUACUGAAGAGACAAAAAUAUGGAAGUGUAGAUUAUUUCUGAGGCUUUUUUUCCUCAGUAACAACACCGUAUUGAAACUGCAAUGCGUUGUGGUCUAUUCAGGUUUAUACUGAAGGUUCCUAAAGUAUGAUAAAGCAAAUACAUGAACUAAAAUGAAUGUGUUUUUGUUAAAAAUAAUAGAUAGGUUUUCAAAAUAAGAACAAAAGUUGGGAACUAUAUAGUGAAUGAAUGGGCGCAAAAGUUAGAAUUUUUAACGCUAAAUGUGCAAUAAAUGCAAAUUGAUACUCGAGAAAUUGAUCUGUACUAUACGUUUACCAGUGGCGAAGGCAACUAGUCAUGACGUCUACGCUAAUAAGACUAUCCAAACAUAACAUACGUUUCUAAAGGUUUGAACAAUUCGCAUUAUAAAAAACAUGGUGAAAUGUCGGUCAUAAAAACCCCCAGUUCUUUGCCUAUUUAAAUCGGCUGCGAUAACAGUUAAAAGGUGUUUGACGAAAUUCAAUUUGUGUCUGCAGAGCAAAGUCUUAAAAAACAUGAAAUUUUCUAGUGCCCGCAAAAGAGCAGGCGAAGUCGACAUAUCUUUGUCUUUCAAACUUUGGCUUUUUACCUUGAAUAACCACAAUGCAUCACGGUUCAAUAUGGCGUCGCUAUUGAUGAAACAGACACUUGUCUAUGCUAGGAGGAAAUACAAGUAAAAUAAAUUGUGGCACGAGUGUCUGAUAUCUCUCCUCCCUUCCCCCCACUCUAGAAUAUUAUUACAACAUAUAGUGCUCAAAGCACUCAGACAUUAUAACAGAUGUAUUUAUGAUAAUUUUUUACAUUGAACAAAACUGCUCGAAGCAAAGCUCAAAUUAAUAGCAGAAAUUCAUCUUAAUUCUCUAAUUAUGAAAUGUAGAAAGAUACUAAUAUUCUUACUAAUAAUAUUGUGAAUAAAAUUUACUUAACAAAGACAAAGUUCGAACGAAU